UUCAGAAUUCUAACCCUACUUUUUUUGAUAAUUUUCAUAACUUUUUAACACGAAAAAAAGCCGGAAAAUGACUGAACCAGUAAGUAAAGACGCCCUUCAAGUUCUUAACAUGGAAUUACCAUCGUACGUGCCCGUGUCAACGUUCACGGCUGCUCGUAUAAAAGAGAUUCAGACCAUGCGAAAGGCCAUAAAGGAGACUACGGGAGUGAAAAUGGCAUUCCAAAAGCUGCCCCAGCAUAUGAGAAGACGUGCCAUGGCUCACGACGUGAAGAGAUUGCCAAGGAGGCUCAGAGAAAUCCACUCAAAUCAAAUGAAAAAGUCCGGUUUACCACCAAAGUCUAAACGACCAUCUAGGAAGUAUCGAAGGAGACCGUAUAACUUGUUGAGUGACUAUGCUCGGAGAAGGAUGAGAGUUAAGUGGUUAAACACGCAUAUUUGGCACGCAAAGCGAUUUAAAAUGAUCGAGAAAUGGGGUUACAAACUACCUUACAGGCCGUGUGACAAGGCUUUCAGAGCUUGUUACAGAGCAACGAAGCAACACUGUUUGUUACAAGACAUUUCCUAUAAUAGAGUUGUUGAAAUAAAUGGAAAAUAUGAAUAUUUGUCUGAAAAAUUAACAAAAUUAAAUGAUACUACUAUGGGACUUAGCUUUAGGGCAAAAUGUUUUUCUGAAGGUAAAAAAUAUGGGACAGUGUUGGUAUUUCAGCCAGAAAAUGAUAAAGAAACUUAUAGAAAACCAGUGGGACAAAUACAAUUUCUUUGGAGAAGUUUUUGUGAUAAUAAUUCUAGUUGUUUAUGGAUUUUCAUCCAUCCAGCAUUUUAUAGUGAACUUUUAAAUAUUUUAAUAAGUUUAUUUGAACUAAAACUAACAAACAUGGACAUAGACAGUCAAUUAAACAAUAUUCCUCUCUAUGAAGGACCAGAGAAUGUUACACUGAAAGAACUUGAAUUUGAACUAAGUAAAAUUAGACUUACAGGCCCUCUUUCAACAGCUGUUUUAAAAAAAACUUUAAAAACUGUAAGUUUUGAUGAAUUAACUGAUAAACCAAUCUGGUUCAAGGACUCUAACAUUGAAAGUCUAAAAGAACAAAAUAAACUGUUUGAAAACCUUUCAAAUAUAAAUGUCUUGCCUCCUAAUUUAGUAUUUUCAACCAUUGUGCAUGAUCCAAGGUUUAAUUUCCCAAAAAAACGCACCAAAGCUGAACUAGAAUACUCACAAAUGGGCGAUAUAGAACCAUAUCAAAAAAAUAUCUCUUUAAGCCCUCUAUGGAACCAAGAAGUUAGAGCUCUUCUGAAGGAGAAUAAAACUUCUAAUGCUAAAAUAAAUGAGAUAAGAAGUGAACUUUUGGUGCCAGGUUCAGAUUUACCAUCUAAAGGUGAAAUGGUACCGGUUAUACUGUUAUGGAGGCAUGGCACUAGAUCAGGGAGGCAAUCAGGUUGGGAUAUUAUACUGCCAUCUUGUUGGGCACAGAUAUUUUUCAUAGGCUUUAAUAUGUGGGGUGGUAGGGCUGGAGGACUUAGAGAAACAGAGUCAAUAGCUUUUGAGGAGUCUCAGGUUGAUAUUUUGCCUCCUGAUUCACUGGCAGGUCAAUUAGAAGAAGCACUGCAAGAAGAAGAAUGCAAGGAUACGUAUUUUAGGUUACCCCCAAAUAAAAGAACAAGUUAUGCAAGAUUUAGUAUAGUAUCUCCUUUUAAAUGUCAGUGGAGCUUGUUAGUAAAAGAUUGGAGUAACAAAGACGAUUUUUUUGUACUGAGAGACAGGAUUUUACUGAAAAAUAUUAAGGAGUAUUUUAUCAACAAGUCAAAGAGACUGUCCAGACCAAUUGUACCCGAAAAUUGUUUGGUUCCUGUUGAAAUUUUGCCUGUAAAAAAAGGCAAAUGUAAGGAUUUUGCUGUGAUUUGUCUGCCAAAGAGCGAAGAUUACAAAGUGGACCCUGUGGAACCCAAAUGUAAAGAUCCUAAUUUGAAAAAAAGAAAUUUAAUGAGGAAAACACAUAAAUUAAUGCUUAAAAGAAUGAUAAAACGAAGAAAACGAGCAAGAAAAGCAGGAAAGCCUAUUAUAAAAACAGAUACAGCCUUAUUAGAGACAUACAAGUCUGAAAUGAGGAAGCUAUGGUUACCUGAGGCACAGAGCGUUAAAAAUUCUUGUUCAAGAAAUAUCCUAGGCUUUGUUAAAAAAGGUGGUUAUUGUUAUAGUUCAGGCCAAUCAAAAGGCUUGGGAUAUGUCAUAGGAGCAGCAUUAAAUACUUUAGGAAGACGGAUUUUCCGAAAUAAAGUAUUAGUUAGGAAUAAUAACUCAAGACAGUAUAGAUUGGCAGUUCUAAAUGUUAUAGUUGAAUAAAAUAAGAGUGUUAAAAUUAUUGUACAUUUUUAUGAUUAAGGAGAAUUUGUUAUAUUUGGUUUAAAUAUAUGUUUAAUAAAAAAAAACAUAUUUUUUAUUA